AUGGCGAAUGGUCUCAAUUCAGACAGUAUGCGUGGAUCUUCCUUGUUCAAGGCUUGGCGAUGCUCGAAUUUAUCUUUGCUGAUUUGUGCAAUCUAUAGUGAUUUAGUCCUCUGUUGGGAACCCGAUAACUUCCUGUCAAUCCAAUUCCUUCAAAGGGUCCUUUCCCUUAUACUUGUUGAAAAACUUCGUCUCCUCGUUGGUGAUAAGUUGCUUGAUGAAUUCAUGGAUGAAAGUUCCAAACUCUUCUACUUAUUCCCCUUUUUGUUUAUAAUUUCACUGAAGUUCAUGGUCUGGAAACAAGUGAUCAGGGCGAUUUCGAGGUGUAGGAGAGAAGCUAUGGGACUGGAGGAAGAAAACAUGGCGUUCAUGGAAACGAGAAUCAAACCACUUUCGUUGAAGUUGGAGGAGAAAGUUUCGAUGGAAUUGAAGAUGAAUGGGUUUAAUGGUUUUAGAGGAGUUCUAUACGCAAUGAGGAAUGUGAGCUUAUUGCUUAUGAUGAUGAUGCCCUACGGAGUGGAGAGGGUGGUGGAGGAGAUAAACGAGAUGAAGGGGAAAGGUGAUGAAGGGGAAAGAUGGCAACGGAGGAGGUGA